CUUUAUCUCCCUCUCUCUACAAUGUUCGAUUGGAGGUAAGCAGGAAAGGGCCCUCAGCCGCGUUCCCUCGAAGCCCUUUCUCUCUUUCUCUCUCUAACGCGCUCUCCCUCUCUUUAGAACUCUAGAUAUUUGAUAAUACGUAUCCCCAGUUUUGACCUAGAAUUCUCUCCCUUCGCCGCCCUAUAAUACAUAUUCAUGUUCAGGCCUUAACUUUUCGAUCCCGAUUCUCUGUAUAAAUAUCGUUGUUCCUCUGUUUAAACACGUUCUAUCCGUUGACUAAUAGAUCUAUGAUUCAAGUCCUCAAAUUUUGUUGAUUGUAGGCGAGAUCUUUUUGAAAUCAAGAGGAUUCAGUGGAUAUUCGUUACGGUUUGGACGUUUUGGUUGUGUAUGGUUUGUUCACAAAAUCAAUUUUUUGUUGAAAUUUUGUUUUGUUUCAUUCGUACUGUAAGAAAUGUCAAUUCUUCCUAAAAGCGAUUCAAUUCAAAUUCGAGAAGUGUGGAAUGACAAUCUCGAAGAAGAGUUUCUUGUGAUUCGCGAAAUUGUGGAUAAAUUUCCUUAUAUUGCGAUGGAUACGGAGUUUCCUGGAGUUGUUCUUCGUCCCGUGGGAAAUUUCAAAAACAGUAGUGAUUAUCAUUACCAGACGUUGAAGGAUAAUGUGAACAUGUUGAAAUUGAUUCAAUUAGGGCUUACGUUUUCGGAUGAGGAAGGGAAUUUACCCACCUGUGGCACCGAUAGGUUUUGCAUUUGGCAAUUUAAUUUUCGCGAGUUCAAUGUUAACGAGGAUGUAUUUGCCAAUGACUCGAUUGAGCUUUUGCGCCAGAGCGGCAUUGAUUUCAAGAAAAACAAUGAAAAUGGUAUUGAUGCGCAACGAUUUGGAGAACUUUUGAUGUCAUCAGGGAUUGUACUGAAUAAUAGUGUUUAUUGGGUUACUUUUCAUAGUGGAUAUGAUUUUGGGUACUUGCUCAAGCUAUUGAGUUGCCAGAAUUUGCCCGAUACACAAACAGAGUUCUUCGAUUUGAUCAAUAUGUACUUCCCCAACCUUUAUGACAUCAAGCAUCUCAUGAAGUUUUGCAAUAGCCUUCAUGGUGGAUUGAACAAGCUUGCGGAAUUGUUGGAAGUUGAGAGAAUUGGUGUCAGUCACCAGGCGGGUUCAGAUAGUUUGCUCACAUCUUGUACUUUCAGGAAGUUGCAAGAAAAUUUCUUUAGUGGAUCGCUUGAUAAGUAUGCUGGUGUUUUGUAUGGUCUAGGUGUUGAGAAUGGACAGAAUACUCAUUGAAAAAAAAAAUACUAAAAAGAAUGAAACCAUAGGUGUUUAUUGAACUAUGUGUGUGUGUGUGUGUGUGAUGACACCCACUUCGUUGUACACUGUUGGCAAAAGCUGUUAUUAAUUUAUAAAUUUUCCCUUAUAAUGGAUUAAA